CUACUGUGCAGAAAAACGUCUAAGGUAAAUGUAUACCUGGUUGGUACUGGCAACCUAUUAUAGUUGAAUAAGUGAAAAUCGAUGGGACCUUUUAUUAUGCUAAAAGGAUUAGGGCAUAAAGAGUAACGGCAUUCACAGAGGCCCAUGUUGUCAAAUAGGAGGUACACUUAAUGGUUCCCCGAGAUUUAUUACCAAGAACCGUUGGACAAAUAAGAGAUACGCGAGAACAAGGUUUCUGGAGUUAGGAGAAAUCGAAUGGUGGAUAAAUGUUACUGUUGCCAUAGCAAUCAACAAAUGCUUAAUUACAAGUAAAUGGAGUAGCAACAACGAGAUAACAGUGCGUCUAAAAUAAUGGAAAUGAGGGCCAAUAAUUCCAACAACGCAGCGUACGUAAUAACUACGUAAACAGAGCGUAGUCCUGCCAGUGAUUUGGAUUAUCAUAUAAUACUUUCCAGAAAAGAACGUUGGCGCCAAUCUACUUCAGAAUAUAAAAAAUAAUAAAAUCCAGUAGAUACCGUUAAACUAAACCGUAGAAUCGAGGAUCGUACAGAAAGUACCAUGGUUGAUAGUGACGCCUUUAGCGAUGAGACAAACUUUGGUAGCGAAUGUGAUGAUGAUAUCCAAACUGUCGAAUGUGUGGACAUAUUGGAUAAGUUCAACAAGGAAUUUCCGAAAUCUAAACAACAGCACAUUUUCCAGUUCUUACACGAUCAGGAAGAGUUAAAUAAAAGGUUCGAUGAGUUUUCCUUGAAUAGUGACGACGACACUGAUUCUACGAAGAGUGGAAUCAGCGAAACUGAAAGCCUACUCGAUCAACAACUCGCGGCAAAGCGAGCCCAAACUCUGACCACAUCAUUUCAAACAAAUCAAGACUCCAACAAAACUUCUCCGAAAGUUUCUAAAAACCCUGGUGCACGGCCAAAAAGACUUUCCAACGGGAGUGUCACUCGGCCAAAAACAUUGACGAAGAAAAAUGUGAGACCUCAAACUGCAAUGGGUGUUUACUCUCGUACUUUUAAUGACCUCACUGAUAUUGAUAAAAUCCACUCACACAGUGCAGAUGUACGUGUGAGAGUCACUAAAGCUUCUCCCGUAGCUGGAGAUGAUUAUGUUAAAGAACGGAGUUACGGGCAAUAUGAUGACUGGGGUAGACGGUACAACGAUUCAGGGGAAGUGCUUAAUAGUUCAGAGUUUGAAGUACCUCACCCUCCGACCUCCCCGCAUGAUUCCGUCCAUAAGAGGGUGUCCUGGGAUUCAGACCAAACACAGUUCCCCAAAACGUCAAACAAUAAUUCAGGUGCCAAAUACUCUAACAGAAACUCAUUUGAUUUCACUAUGGACAGCUAUCGGAACUUACCAGCAAAUUCAAACAGUCGAACAGCGCCAGACGUUUCUGCCUUACAUGGAAUAAUACGACUGGGUCCGAAUAAGAGUCCAGUCGGCAGAGGGCAUCACAUGCGUGUAUUAUCCAUGAACGACAACCCAAAUGUGGCUUUGUCGAUUAACAGUGUCAAAAAAAUAGAGAAAAACGAUUUAUCUUAUAAGAAACUAUCAAAAUCUGCAAAUUACAGCAAUAUGUCAAAGAAACAUAGAAAGUCUGAAAUGCCUGAUUUAUCCACCAGUGGGCGCUCUAUAGCGGUUUUGAAAUUGCCACCGUUAGAUGGCUCUGUAAAACCAGGGACAUUUGUAAGUACGCCCACAUCCGCUAAUCUAACGGAGUCGUUAGUUGGAUAAGUAGGCUAUGUUGUUUAUAGGUGCCAGAUUAAAUAAUAAAAAAUGUAAUCAAAAAGUUUUCUAUUUUAUAUUACUCUAAGCAUUUUUAGUUACUAAUACUUUCCUAUUUAUGUUUCAUCGAACGCUUUUAAAAUGACCUUAUUAGCGAAACAUACCGUAUGGUGCUUACAGUGACAAAAGCAAUCUAACGUUUAUCAGUUUUGAAAUCACAAAUGUAAUGACGUCAGUGCCCUUAUUCGAAACUCCUCAUAAACGUGUUAUAAAAAUGUCAAUAUUUUCUUGGAUAGCUAGAAAAUAAUUCAAGUUUUAUGUGCUGAUAGUUCUUGUAACUAAGUGCCUGUAUGUGUACAUUGAUCUCGAGGGAAGACCGAUCGGAACAAUUAAUCAACUUUAAGUUCAUGUUAGCAUGUAAUUAAUAAUAUACGGACUUCUUUGCUUUCUGCGUAAUCAAUCGGUGAUUCUGAGAAUAGAAAAAAUCGUUUAUCGGUAAUGUAAGCUCGGGUGUACCCAGGAUCUGAUAUACCAGUAGGGCGAGGCAAUGCAUUAACAUGAAUUACCUAAUUCCUCACGAUACAUGAGUUCAAUCUUAGUCAGAUUGGAACUUCUGAGAACUUGCAGCUGAUCUUGAAAAAGGUCAAUUUGAA